AUGAAAAUGCUAAAUGCAACUGCAAUAACUGAAUUCAAUAUUCUGGGAUUUCCAGAAAGAGCUGAGAAGAGGAUAUUAUUAUUUGCAUGUUUCUUGACCAUUUAUGUGAUCACAUUAUCCGGGAACCUACUAAUAAUCACUAUAACAAAGCUGGACCCUACUCUUCAGAACCCAAUGUACUUUUUCUUAGGGUAUUUGUCUAUGGUUGACACCUGCUAUAUAUCUGCUACAGUGCCACAAAUGUUGGUCAUUCUGGUAUCACGCCAACAAAGUAUUUCAUUUGGGCGUUGCUUCAUGCAGCUAUAUACCAUGAUUCUUGUGGAAGGGGCUGAGUGUCUUCUUCUAGCUAUUAUGGCCUACGACCGCUAUGCAGCCAUCUGCUUUCCAUUGCAUUACAAUAAUAUUAUGCACUGGGGAAAAUGCUACAAAAUGUUGUUUGGGACAAUGAUUUCAAGUGCAUUACACUCAGCUCUACACACUGGCUUGAUCUAUCGCCUGCCCUUCUGUGAUAAUCUCAUUAACCACUUAUUUUGUGACAUUCCACCUCUUCUGAAACUAUCAUGCAUAGAUCCAUAUCUGAAUGAGAUUGUACUCUUUGCAGUAAGCGGAGUAUUUAUUGGACUGGGGCCACUUUUAUUCAUCCUCAUCACAUAUAUAUACAUAGUUAUUAGUAUAUUUAGAAUUACAUCUGUAGAGGGGAGGAAGAAGAUGUUCUCUACAUGUGCUGCACAUCUUAUUAUAGUCAAUAUAUUCUAUGGCACUGGAAGUUUCACUUAUGUCCGGCCAAAAACAAGUUACUCAUCAGAACGUGAUAAGCUGGUAUCUGUCAUCUACAAUGUAGCCACUCCUUUGUUGAAUCCCAUUGUCUAUUCUUUCAGGAACAAUGAAAUGAGAAGAUCUCUUACAAAAGGAUGUAGAAAAAUGACAGUCACAUGCGUAUAA